AUAAAACACGUUGGCAACUUUCAGAGGACGAACCCCCUGCUUUGUGUUUCGGUAUUUCUUUAGUGUUCGUAUUGCUGCUGUUGGGUUAAUACACAGACAUCAGACAUUGCGACUUUGUGUGCCGAAUUCUUCAAACUAAUACGCAUUGCAGCCCUCGGAACACCACGACAAUGAAAAUCAUCUUUCUACUUGCUUUGACCUUGGUCCUCCUACACACGGGUGAUGCACUGCGAUGUUACAACUGCGUGGGCGACUGUUCUACUACACGCGUUUGCACCGGCUCAUGCAUGAAGUCUGUUGCAUCGGCAGGCAGCAGCGAAGGUGUGGUGAGAAGCUGCUCUCUAGUGAAGGCUGACGAAGGAUGCCGCUUGCAGACCGUCGCAGGAGCAAGAGCAGAAGUUUGUUUCUGCAACAGUGAGAAGUGUAACAACGCUGUCAGUCUUACCUUCAGCCUUCCUCUCUUAAGCAUGGCCCAUCUUGUGCAUAGAUUCUUCUAAAAGACUCAGCUUUGGACCACGUUCUUUCAAGUCCAUAGAAUGAAUGCAAGAGUAUGCCACUGCCUUUCCUGCAGUAUAUUUUUAUAUGGAAGAGUGAAGGGAAGAUGCUUGUAGGUCACAUAGUCCUUAAGACACUCACUGGGUCUGACCCUACACUUUCCUUUCCGCUGCAAUGAAGGAAAAGUAAAUAAUUGUACUUGUAUAAUGAAUUUCUUUAAGGAAAUUGUAAUGUGUAAAAUGUUUAAGAGCAAAAGAAAUAAUAAAAGGCAGAUUUUUUGCAUUCAAUUGGCAAGGCAGUAAUUAUUUUUUCUUCGAAAGUUGACCGUAUCAUAGAAAAGCUUCAUUAAAAGUAUUAAAAUAG